AUGACGAGCGAGGGCAAAACUAGAGUUUUGGGAGAGGCGACCGAGGACGCGACUAUGACGGACGUUGGAGACCGGACGCGGCCUCCGAGAGAUCCACCAGAUGGGACAGGAACGUGGGCGAUGAAGGUGCGGGGAACGAACGCAGGAGGGAUGCCAACGCCGGAGAGUCUCAUAGAUGAUAUGCUCAUAUCGGAGAGGUUGAAUGUGGAGUUCCCCGAGGGAGAAGAUGGUGAACCGGUGAUUACGAUCGGGAGGGAAGUGAUUGAAGCAAUGAACGGCAUGUGGAAGAGGUGCAUGAUUGUGAAAGUACUAGGGAGGCAUAUUAGUAUGCCAAUCUUGAGUAGGAAGUUGCGGGAGAUGUGGAAACCUAAGGGGGAUAUGCAUGUGAUUGAUCUGCCCCGGCAGUUCUUUAUUGUUCGGUUCGAGUUGGAGGAGGAGUAUUUGGAGGCUUUGACUGGAGGGCCAUGGAAGGCGUUUGGAAGCUAUCUUAUGGUUCAAGCAUGGUCCCCUGACUUUGACCCACUUCGACACGAGAUUACGACCACCCCGGUGUGGGUGCGACUGACCAACAUCCCCGUCACUUUCUAUCAUAGGGCUAUUCUUAUGGGGAUUGCUAAGGGACUUGGGAAACCAGUUAAGGUAGACCUUACGACCUUAAACUUUGAGAGAGCUCGAUUUGCAAGAGUUUGUGUGGAGGUUAAUCUUGCAAAGCCAUUAAAGGGGACAAUAUUGAUCAAUGAGGAUCGAUAUUUUGUAUCGUAUGAAGGCCUAGCGACUAUUUGCUCGGGAUGUGGUUUGUAUGGUCACUUGAUUCAUGCGUGCCCUAAGGCAAUCGAGGACGGAGCAAGGACACAAGGAAGCCAAAGGAGAGUGGAGGAGCCGGCAAUGCCAACAAUGACGGGAAACCCGACACCAAGGGGAACCGAGACGGGUUUCACAGUGGUCCAUAAUACACGCCGGAGGGCUGGGAAUCCGCCGUCGCAAGUGGUGGCCAAUGGGACGACGGAGGGUAGACAGACGGUACAACAACGGAAUGCCCUAGAGAAUAUUCCCCAGGAUCAAAUUCGUAUCUCGAACAGAUUUGGAGAGUUGGGAUUGGAUACAGAUUUAGUGGAAUCGGGGAAUAUAGAUAUUCCGAGGGAGGUGGAUAAGGAAAAUAUUAACAACCAAAAUAUUCAGGGAGAAGGGGGACGUGUGGAGCAAGAGGGACGUGUGGAACAAGUAACUUUUGGGAGCCAACGAGGGAAACUUGAUAAAAGGAAAGCCGUGAAGAAAGUUAGGCCGAAGGAACGAUGGGCCGGGAAGUCACAGAGGAGCGAAGGGAGAUCAAGUGGAGUGUUUAUCGCGGGGGCAGUAGGAGUGAUUGCCGGCGAUGGAACACCGACGAGCACCCCGACGGGACAACGUGAAUCUCCGGAGAGUAUGGUGGAGGGAGAAGCGUCGGAAGAGAUGACAGGAAGUGAGAUUUGGCCGGGUGUGGGGGCGGAUCUGACGAAGUGUUAA